CGGGGCCGCGCACGUACAACGCCUCAGCGCACGCGCACGGCGGUGACGCGGCCUCGCGAAGGCCGUGACGCGCGGGAACUGCCCCGGCGUGAGACCUUUCCAGCACAACGAGAAGCCAUCACCUCUCACCCAGCAGGGGCAGCAGGGCCUGACCCCACCUCAGUCCCUGUGACAGGCUGCUCACUGUUCUCCACUCAAAGAUGCUGUGAGGAUUUCAGCCACCUCUCCAGCCCACAACACCACUUUGGACACAGUGAUCUGCAUUUGGGGCAGCCCGUGUUCCAGGGAGAGGAUGGAGCGCCUGGCCUCCUUCGGCAAUGACCCCUUCGAUAAACCUCCAUGCAGAGGUUGCUCUUCGUACCUCAUCGAGCCCUACGUGAAGUGUGCGGAGUGUGGGCCUCCUCCCUUCCUCCUGUGCUUGCAGUGUUUCACACGAGGAUUUGAGUACAAGAAACACCAAAGUGAUCACACUUACGAGAUAAUGACUUCAGAUUUCCCUGUCUUGGAUCCUAACUGGACAGCUCAAGAGGAAAUGGCACUGCUGGAAGCUGUGAUGGACUGCGGAUUUGGAAACUGGCAGGAUGUGGCCAACCAGAUGUGUACAAAAUCCAAGGAGGAGUGUGAGAAACAUUACAUGAAACACUUCAUCAACAACCCCUUGUUUGCAUCUACAUUGCUGAACCUGAAGCAGGCGGAGGAGGCGCAGCACAAUGAAACAGCCAUUCCUUUCCACCCUGCUGAUGAUCCCCCCCGCCCCACUUUUGACUCCCUGCUCUCCAGAGACAUGGCCGGGUACAUGCCAGCGCGAGCUGACUUUGUCGAGGAGUUUGACAACUAUGCUGAAUGGGAUUUGAGAGAUAUUGAUUUUGUAGAAGAUGAUUCAGACAUUUUGCAUGCUCUGAAGAUUGCAGUUGUAGAUAUCUACCAUUCCAGGUUAAAGGAAAGACAGCGAAGAAAAAAAAUUAUAAGAGACCAUGGCCUAAUCAACCUCAGAAAAUUUCAGAUUUUGGAAAGACGAUACCCAAAGGAGGUUCAAGACCUCUACGAAACAAUGCGGAGGUUUGCACGGAUUCUGGGACCAGUAGAGCACGAUAAGUUCAUUGAAAGCCACGCAUUGGAAUUCGAGCUGCGAAGGGAAAUAAAGCGCCUACAGGAAUACAGAGCAGCAGGAAUCACCAAUUUCUGUAGUGCAAGAACAUACGACCACCUAAAGAAGACAAGAGACGAGGAGCGCCUGAAGCGCACCAUGCUGACCGAAGUGCUGCAGUACAUCCAGGACAGCAGCGCCUGCCAGCAGUGGCUCAGCCGACAAGCUGACAUUGAUUCUGGCCCGACUCCCACAGCACCGAUCCCUUCCAGUUCAGGCAGACGGAGUGCCCCGCCACUGAACCUCACUGGGCUGCCAGGGACCGAGAAACUGAACGAGAAGGAGAAAGAGCUCUGUCAGAUGGUGAGGUUGGUCCCCGGAGCCUAUUUAGAAUACAAAGCUGCCUUAGUGAACGAGUGCAACAAACAAGGAGGGCUGCGACUUGCGCAGGCGAGAGCGCUCAUCAAGAUCGAUGUGAACAAAACAAGGAAAAUCUAUGACUUCCUUAUCAGGGAAGGGUACAUCACAAAGGCCUGAGGAGUGACACGGCGCUCUGCUUCGAGCACACGGGCAUGGAAAAGCUCUGAAGACAUUUUGACAGCACUGGGAGAUUUUAACAGUGUUCAAUGAAGGACAUUUUCUAUUGUUUCAGAUCUUUUGGGCCUCUUUUUUUUUGGUACAAACAAGCAGGAGGCUUUGUCAGAUGGUACGAACGCCGACAUUUCUUUGUCUGGUCUCUUUUUGACUAUGCUGCUUAAUUGUGCUGUUGUCUGAAUCACACCACGUAGCACUGCAAAGAAUCCUGUGUCAUCGAAGCCAACCUGUAAGAUGAAUGGCUGUUCCUUUCCCACAUCUCGUGUGUAAAAGAAUCGCAGCACUUUUAUUCUGGCAGUGCAGAGAACAAGGACAGGAGGGCAGCACAUGAGAGUCACACUGACUCAGCCUGAGCGCAGGUACAGAAAUGCAGUGCCCUCCCUCCUCGUACGCCUUCCUAAAACAGUGCCAGCUUUCAAAGGAGACAGCACAUGCCCGAGGGUGCAAAGAAGGAGCUCGCAAUAGUCCAGUCCUUUUAAGUAAAUUAUGAUAAAGGAUGCAAAAGGACAUCGUGGGGAAGCUCCUCCACAGUUGUUACUUUUAUGUGAUAUUGGCACAUAUCACAGCAUGAGAGUGCUGUACGAACCAGUGAGCCUCAUCUGCUGCCACUUCAUUUGCCAUGGUCACAUUAUGUAGAAUCCUUUAGCUGAAGUCUGAAUUGGCUGCUGUGGCUCCGUAGGAAGGCCAUGCCACCUUUCGUGAUGAAAGGCUGUGUGUUACAGCCCCAGCUGCCUUCCAGAACAUCAACAAGCAGCCACUCCAUUCCCCAUCAUUCCCUCCCACCAAAGAGAGGAGAGCAGUGCAGCACUGCACACACCAGGCCACGUGCUCUCAGCCCUCCUGGAUGGGAGGCCCCGCUAUCUCUGCUUCACUCUGUGUGUCCUCAGGUCUGGGUUCUCACGCUGCAAAGCCCAAGCUGUAACUAUGUUCAUGUAUAUUUAACAUGUUUGGCUUCAGAUUUUUGCUUCCCCCCCCCCCCAGAAAUGUAAUUAUCCUGGGUACUGAGGUGCCACUGAAUGUGUGGUAUUUUGGUCUGUAAUAAAAUCAAUUGGAUCUGAAA